CUCAUCGCUCGAUUUUCGAACAGCGAUAGUAAAAAUUGAAUGCGUUAUGAUGGAAAAUGGUGGUAUGACCUCCAAAUUGCAAAUGGAGCGACAAACAACCCCUCAGAGAACAACGAUAUGAUCUCGCCAGCCUUUUGGUCGGUCAGCGGAAGAGAAAUAAAGAUCACGCGCAGUGAUGACCCCAGCCACACCCCUCUGUUACAGAACACAGGAAACCGUUUGGGUGGACAGACAUUCCGAUCUAAAAUCACAAGUUAUGGCGACUUUAGACAUGGCACAGUUUGGGCCAGUGAUCAGUGUCUAGGAAGUUGUACGGUUCAAUAUGGUGGACAGUACAAGUCAACAGACGGGUUUCAACAGGCUAAGUGCAGUGGGAACAUCCAAAGUGCUGACAAGAUCGGCUUCUGGUGUGACUGGGAUGAUGGUGAUGGAUCAGUGAUGAUGAUUGGUGGAGGAGGAACUAACUGUGGACGUGCAGAUCACGGGAUUGGAAUCACAGAAAGAGACGCUGCUUCUUUUGUUGAUCACGGAAGCAGUGAGAGAGAAUAUGACUUUAGUUAUGAGGCUUGGGCCGGCAACGCUGUAUCCCAGUGCUACUCGUUGAACUUAUGGAUCCGUUAAAAAUGAUCAGGUCUUCAUAUUUCAAAGUAAGUUUAGAAAUGAAUAACUUUGUAGAAGAUGAAAUCUUUCAUUUAAGGUCACUUUGUAAUUCAAGUUAGGUGCAUGUUUUAAAAUGGUCAGUAAGAGCGCACUUUUUUCCUCUCAAAGAUAAAGCAACUUGACCAUCACCUCGGUCACAAUGCUUUAAUCUGGAAGCAUCCUAUGAUCUGUACAAGCAACAAAUUAAUUGCCAUCAGAACUUUUCGAGAAAAUCAAAUACAGUUGAAUUCAUUUAAGUCAAACUUACAAAUUAUCUAUCUUUCAAGAAACUGUGAAGUAUUCAUCGAUGAUUGUAUAGUGAUAUCAGAUAUAAAACAUCCAAGAUAUGUUUAAUCAAUCAUUCGGUUAUUUCAUGGAGAAAUUUCUGAGGCAAUAUCGAGCACUACAUGUUUUGUUAAAUUGGUAUAAAAAAAAAAUCCAUAACUAGAUGAAUAAAAAGCUUUGAAAAAUAGAAGUA